AUGGAAGAGAUGGAGUUAAGUUUUCGGCUCUACCUUCUCUACUUUCUGCUAAUCCUCCUCUCUGUGAUUGCCACCUUACUCUGUGCUCUUCUGAUACACCUCCUGAGGAAGUACGAUGUGUUCCACAUAAAUUUCCGGACCAUUCUUUGGAAUAUACUGUUCUGUGUGCUGGUUAACAAUGUGAUUCAAUGCAUCCGGCCGUUUAUUGCGAUCUAUCAAGGCCUUGGGCAGGAGAUUGAUGUAAGUUCAAGGAAAGGAUUUUACAAGGGAGGAGGACAAAGUGCAACAUUCACAUUUUGAUAAAAUUUGGCAGAAUUUUUUUUGCGAUUUUCGGAUUAACAGAGAAUUUCGUAGCCAGCGAAUUUCGUUUCAACUUUGGUAUGCAAAGCGCUGUUUUUUGCUGAUAAAUUUUACUGCCAAAGAAAUAAUUUUUUUCUGCCCGAAAUUGGCAAAGUAUUCCGUUUUUCUGUCUGACCGCUCUCUAUAUUUUGCGUACUCUUUCGUCGAAAGAGGCCCUUAUAUAUCCAGGCUGUAAACCCUCCAGGAAUCGUUAUGAAGCCAAUGCUGAAUGCGUGUUUAAAAUUUUUUUUUAAAUUUGAACAAAACAUGCGAAAUUUCCCGUUCUAUAAGAAGUAAUACUACUUACAAAACUGCAGUUUUUUAUGGUUUUAUGACGAUCUUUCUCAAGCAACUUUUUUCACUCUACAUAUAUUAGGUUGGCUAAUAAGUUUUUGAAAUUUUUUACGAUUUCUUCUUUGUGCCAAAACUUUUUCGCGGUUGACAAACAAUAACUGCUAUAUCCAUGCUUAGUAACUGUCACAUAGUCCCUACAAUACCAAUGCUGAGCGACGUCUUCAGCAGGCACAUCAAAGGAGUUAGGCUUAAAAUCUUUUUUUGGAGUCACUUUUUGGAUGUUAUAAUGUAUUAAAGUUUCUGUCCUGAAGACAGUGCGCCAGUUUAUGGAACUGAUGUCUGUUACAGUCGGCGAUGCUCAAGCUGUAAAACUGUCGGGGAAGUGGAUCCCAUUCGAAAUGUUUAGAAACUUUUUACUAACAUCUUUGUGGCGCAUGGCUUUCCGCGUCGUCCGGGUAUCCCAAACGGCGGUUUUCUUUUUGCCCGCUGCCGGCAGCUGACCAAGGUAGCAUGUAUAAACACCCUUCGUAACUGUGUUACCAUUUGGUAAUAACGGCAAGAGCGUAGGCCUAUGACAAUUCCAAGAGCGACUCAAAAAUACCCUCCUGGAGAUCAACCGUUGCUUGGAUCUGAACUUCAGAAUCCUGCACGUCAGAUCAUUUGCUCUUGUUUACAUGGUUAUAAUACAGGACAUACUUCUCAUUAACGAGCACUAGUUGGGCUACUGAGAUAUAUGUUUGGCUAUAAGGCAGCAGUUGUCAGAUGGACUCCCUGUUGAAAACCGGUCAAGCCCUAAUGAUAAAUUUGGUCAUAUCUUCAUAUUGUGUGCAAAAGAUGGAAAUGUUUUUGCGUCAUACGAUACACCUAAAGCGGCUCUGUGUAUUAAUUCACACAAGCUUCAAUAGCAUUCCUUAACAAUCUUCAAAAUGGUCCCGCGGUCUUAUUAUGAACUAAAGUCAUAGCCGCCGUUAGUGAGCCUUUAGGACCAGUACACUACCGUGGCAUUGUUAACGAUGUUUAGGCCUUAUACACUGUUUAGUUGGGCUAUAGAACCGGUGGGUAUCAGACCUCUUUAAGCGCUGUAGAAGAAACCACCUCAAAAUAUGAUCUUUUUCAACAUGCCGUUAUAAAAACUUGGCAAAGGCUGUGACCUGGUUGCCUCUCUACGUGACAGUACUCAAGCUCUACUACAAGUUAUAUAUUGCUUUCCUUGCUAAACUGUCCCAAAAAGACCGUGGUGAUACAGAGAAAAAAAUUUCAAAAACUUAUUAGCCAACCUAAUAAUCACAUCGUAACACGCGAUUGUGAGCUCAUAGCUACUCAUUUUCCGCCAAUAUACUCGAUUACUCGAAACUCAAUUAGCAGGUGUAUUUUACAUGAGGGAAAGGUCUUAUGACAUAGGAGCUUGUUUAUUAUUGAUGACAUCCAUUCUAGGAUGACGUUGAAUACAAAACCUGUUCCGAACUGAACGUGCUUCCAGUUCCGUUUUGUGUUUUUAUUACAGUCAGCGGUGUCAUCAUGUGUGUGGAGAGAUUGUACGCGACAUUUAAUUACGCAAAAUACGAAUACGAAAAUUAUUCGUGGGUGUUCGACAGGAUCUUCAUGGUCAUGGUAAGCUUGGUUUUGUGGUGAUACAGAGUGCAUGAGUUAGUAAUAAUGCUGAUAAUUCAAAACAGGCUCAAAUUAGAAUGUUUUUAAGGGUUCUAGAAAGCAGCAAAUUUUUCAGCAUGAAAUUGACAAAGAUAUAAGAAGGGUGCGUUAUAUUAGGGUGUCCCAUAAGUCUUGUGUAUUUUUGGGUUUGAGAAUUAAAGUCUCGUUUCGCAGGCCUAAAUGAAUGCAUCCCUUAAUGUUUGGCAUUGUUGAAACCGCCAUCUCUUACACUUAUAAGCAGCAUAAAAACUUUAACUAAUAACAUGCCCUCCGGGAAAAUACUUGAAAUUCUUUAAUAUCAUCAACUUCUGGGAAGGGAUGGGAAAACCAUUCCGUUUUUUGAUAAAUGGGGCUGCACCUUUGCAAUUGCAUUUUUUAACACAUCUACCAAGCACCCUGUUUCUAAAUAAACCGUUUUCCCCUCUGAAUUUGUUCUUAUGACGUUGUCCUGCAGGUUUCUUGUAUUAGGCACCAUGGUGAAUAUUGUGAUGUACAUAAUUUUGCGUAUAACAUUUUUUGAUUGUGGUUGCUCAGGUCGCGCCGAUACCAGAGUGAAAAAAACAUAACGUUCAUGCGUACUAACUAUGAAUCCGCUGGCUGUCAUGCUCUGAAUCACCACUAACCCAAAAAAAAUUGAAAAAAUGUGGUGAAUUUAUUCAACACCAAAGAAGUUGGUAUGGAUACAAAUAACAUUGUAGUGUAGUGUGUUCUAAACAGUGUCAUAUGUGUUUUAUUUUAGCAAGAGGAUUUUGGAAUAGAGGUGCUGAGGGCUGAAAAAUCAGUCAAUUUAAAAAAUUUUCUGUAAAUUUUUUAAAUAAUUAGGAAAUUUUUGAAUUAAGCUUAUUUCAAGAAACAAAAGUGACACAGGCUGUGAUUAUUAUGUCGUUGUGUUCACAAACAACAGUAGAUUACCUACCAUACGCAGCUACAGCCAACACUUUCUACUAUUGGAAAAUUGAGUCUGAAAAGCAUGAGUGCAGCAGUUCUCAUGUUAUUUACACCACCACCAAGGUACGCCCGCUCGUGCUGCAGCGCCAAUUAAAAUAACAUCUAGGGCUCUUGUGCGUCCUAUUUUCACGUUUAAUAGGCGUACACAUCUGAUUUUCCAAAGUAUAUACCCAUUUUAACAUCAGCAUGCAACAUUUUUUUUGAUGUCUAGUACAAUAUUGGGGUAGUGCGGGUAGCAAGUUGAUUUUUUGCAGCCUUGCUAUAUACGGUUUCAAAGCGGAAUUCCUGAUCUUCAAAACCGUAUGUCUAACAUAUCUCGUAAUGCGUUACAAAGCUCACAGGAAUUCGCACAAGUCAACGACCCCAAAAUACACAAGACUUAUGGGACACCCUAAUAUUAUUCCAAAAAGUUUCAAACUUACUUCAUUUUUAGCCUACAUGAAAUUUUGUGGCCUACUUCAAAAUCUGGUCUGCCUAGGUGAAAAAAUUUCAUGUGGGCGAAAAAAAAAUUUUUUUUUUGGCAUAGGUGGUUUUUUUUCAUGUGGGCGAAAUUUUUUUUUUUUUUUUUGCAUAGGUGGUUUCUUUUCAUGUGGGCGAAUUUUUUUUUUUUUUUGGCAUAUCAGUCUGUCGGGAAAAUAACGGCGGAUCGUCGCGCCUCGGAAUCGCCCAUCAUCACUUUGCGACGGCGAAGUUUGUGAUCUCAGAAAUUGGAAAGAUGAAGAAAUGGAAGUAGGCUAAAACCGAGAUUUUGGCCUAGUUCAUGCAGUCGGUGAAGUCGGUGAAGAUGUAGGCCAAACCGAGAUUUGGCCUAGUUCAUGCAAGCGGUCAGGAACUAGGCGGAAAUCAUGGUUUUGGCCUAGUUGAUUAAAUCGAAGUUGAUUAAAUCGAACUAGGCCAAAACCAUGAUUUUCGCCUACUUCCUGCCCGCUUGGAUGAACUAAGCCAAAUCCACGUUUCCGCCCAGAUCAUAGAAAAUCGUAAAACAGGUGGAGUUAUAUAUCCAAAAAUUCGCAAAAUUUUUCUGAUUCAGAAUAUGUAAAAGUUAGCUGCCUAAUUUUGGUUUGUAAGGGUGAAAAAUUCCUCAAAGCUUUUCUCGCAACACCAUGAAAAUCCCUUUUUGACCAAGUUUUUACCAAUAAGAAAAUAAAAAUUCAAUGGAUAAAUGUGUCUUGCCCACAGCAAUUUCGCGUCACGGCACGAAAAUAAUUAUUUGGCAUUCUGUUCAAGAGGCUUCCUUUUACCAAAUCAAACGCUUGAAAAAACAUUGCGAAAUCAACAACUUGUUUACCAAUAGGACGCCUCUUGAACAGAAUGCCAAAUAAUUAUUUUCGUGCCGUGACGCGAAAUUGCUGUGGGCAAGACACAUUUAUCCAUUGAAUUUUUAUUUUCUUAUUGGUAAAAACUUGGUCAAAAAGGGAUUUUCAUGGUGUUGCGAGAAAAGCUUUGAGGAAUUUUUCACCCUUACAAACCAAAAUUAGGCAGCUAAUUUUUACAUAUUCUGAAUCAGAAAAAUUUUGCGAAUUUUUGGAUAUAUAACUCCACCUGUUUUACGAUUUUCUACGAUCUGGGCGGAAACGUGGAUUUGGCUUAGUUCAUCCAAGCGGGCAGGAAGUAGGCGAAAAUCAUGGUUUUGGCCUAGUUCGAUUUAAUCAACUUCGAUUUAAUCAACUAGGCCAAAACCAUGAUUUCCGCCUAGUUCCUGACCGCUUGCAUGAACUAGGCCAAAUCUCGGUUUGGCCUACAUCUUCACCGACUUCACCGACUGCAUGAACUAGGCCAAAAUCUCGGUUUUAGCCUACUUCCAUUUCUUCAUCUUUCCAAUUUCUGAGAUCACAAACUUCGCCGUCACAAAGUGAUGAUGGGCGAUUCCGAGGCGCGACGAUCCGCCGUUGCUUUUCCGACAGACUGACGUAUGAAAAAAAAACCACCUAUGCAAAAAAAAAAAAAAAAAUUUCGCCCACAUGAAAAAAAACCACCUAUGCCAAAAAAAAAUUAUUUUUUUUUUGCCCACAUGAAAAAAAACCACCUAUGCCAAAAAAAAAUAAAUUUUUUUUGCCUAGAUUAAAAAAAAACAAAAAUUUCAUGUAGGCUAAAAAUGAAGUAAGUUUGAAACUUUUUGGAAUAAUAUAACGCACCCUUCUUAUAUGCUAAAUAAAAUAUCUCUGACUGCUCUCUACAUUUCGUGUACUCUCUCUAAAAUUUUUUUCUAUAUCUCGACUGUGCCUGCAAAGCGCAAGCGAAAAUUUUGAAAAAUUUAUAUAUAUACGUGAACAAGGAGAAAAUCUUUCUACAUAUAAAGGUGGUCAUAUAAGAUUUCGGAAUUUUUUUUUCCCAAAUCGCGAUUUUCGGUGCACAAAAAAGUCGACGCCCAAUUCGAAAAAUUGGCGUCGACCGAAAUUUUUACUCGGCACCCAAUUCCGGAAUCCGGUGCAUUUUUGCUAAACCCAACACCCGUUUUUCAAAAUCGGUGCACAAAGUCUUAAGUCUGCACCGAAGCCUUAAGUCGGCACCGAAUUUCGGAAUUCGGUGCAGGGUUUCGGGGGAACAGUUGACCCAUUUUAUAUUUCUGCUCAAAAAGUAUUUUUUUUUUGGUUUUCGCCAAUCUUCGAGUAUAUUUUAUGAAUGAAGACAAGAUGGAAAUUGUCCAAAAAGGGAAUUUUUACCAAGAGCAGGAUGCCUCGUUCGAUUUGAUGUCUAGAUUCCCCGUUUUCUGCUCGGAUAAAGCACCAAAUUUUGGGACGUUGUGAUGUUUGUUGUACCAUGGAUAAUGUAAGUCGAUUUUCCUAUUUUCUUGUGCAAACUCGCCAAAAAAUGGACAGAUAUAGGUUUACGAAUGGCCACUAAGUUUAUUUUACCAUGAAAAUAGGGCUAAUUUUAAGGAAUAGCAGCUUGACCGAGGGGCUAAAUACGUGAAGCAAGCACAACAUAAAAAUUUGGUGAAACUCGAACCAGAAACUCGAUGUUUCUGGUUCGAAAUUUGUAUUACAAUACAGCUGAAAGCCUAUUCUACAUUUAGCCAUAAUUUGAUUUUCAAACAUCGAGCUUCACCAAGUUUUUAUGUAGUACUUGCUUCACGUAUUUAUCCCCUCGGUCAAGCUGCUAUUCCUUAAAAUUAGUCCUAUUUUCAUGGUAUAAUUAACCUAGUGGCCAGUCCUAAACCUAUAUCUGUCCAUUUUUUGGCGAGUUUGCACAAAAAAAUAGGAAAAUCGACUUACAUUAUCCAUGGUACAACAAACAUCACAAAUUGCGAAAUUUCGUGCUUUAUCCGAGCAGAAAACGGGAAAUCUAGACAUCAAAUCGAACAGGGCAGCCUGCUCUUGGUAAAAAUUCCCUUUUUGGACUAAUUCCAUCUUGUCUUCAUUCAUAAAAUACACUUGAAGAUUGGCGAAAACCAAAAAAAAUUCUUCUCGAGCAGAAAUACAAAAUGGGUCAACUGUUCCCCCGCUAAGUCUGCACCGAAGGCUUAAGUCAACACCGAAUUCCGGAAUUUGGUGCACACUUUAAAAAUUUUGGAAUUCGGUGCCGAGUUAAAAAUCGGGGUCUUAAGUCGACGCCAAUUUUUUGAUUUGGGCGUCGACUUUUUUGUGCACCGAAAAUAGCGAUUUGGGGAAAAAAAAAUCCGAGAUCUUAUAUGACCACCUUUAUAUAUUUCCUUGCUCACCUUAAAUUAUAAUAUUUUAUCAUGUUUUUCUGCACUUUGAAUACCGUGACGUAACAUGAUUAACCUGCAUUAAUUCUAGUGGGUAAUAUUCGUGGUUUGUUCGCUCGGCAAUGUGUUCGACUACACGUCACACACGUUUAAUUACUUUGAAUGUUCGUUUAUUCAAAUUGCCAAAAACCCAUUGAAGACCCACUGGCAUAUCCUCUUUACCGCUGUUUUUCAAGCCGUAUACCUCGUGGUCUUCUCUUCCGUCGUAAAUGUAAGUUCACAUCCGAUAUCUUAACUGAUAGUAAAAUUUUUAUAUUGAUAAGAAAUGUAGUAAUAUGGAAAUAACAUUUUAGCUGAACAAAGAAAAGCAGACCGUUUAUAUAAAACAUUAUUACAACUCCUUGUCGCCGAGGUUCCAAAUUGGCGAAAACAUAAAAGCAACCCGACUGCUGGUCAAUUUUACUAUUGUAAUAUUCUUGGCCAUGUUGAUCAUCAUGAGUCAUCAGUUCCUACAAUAUAGAGAUUUUACACAAAGGAGUGAAGCGUCCUUCUUUUGGCAGGUAAGUCGAAUUCUUGAAAAAAUCAAAUUCUCUCGAAGUACGAUGCAUAGACCUUCUUUAUAUCUUCGUCAAGUAGACCGCGUAGGUCAGACAAUGGCUGAAUUUUUAGGUCGGUUUUUUCUACAGCAUCUAGACAACUCAACGAAUAGAAAAUUUAUUCUGAGCAUAUCAGUUCUAUGUAUAGCUAAUGGUUGGCCAAUGAGUUGAAUUGGCUCAGAAAUCUUAGCUAAAUGAUGGCUGCCAACUCGGAUCGCAGCUAGCUCUUUUUUGGAGCUCUAUAGAUCAAUCUAAUCGCUGGGCCGGCUAUCUAGUAGUGGCGUGCUUUCGAGAGAAAUAUGACUUACAGUAAGCUGUGCGCAAAAAGCUAUAUAUCAAAAACCAAAAAAAAGAACUUUCGUCUGCCUGUAUUCUUUCCUUAUAAGUUGAGUGGGCAUCCGUAAAAAAACUAUCACAAUCUUGUUUACUACCUCCUUAAAAAUGAAGGCACAAAAUCUACCGUGUCCCUCGUAAUCCCUACCAUAUUGUAUUUCCUCUCCCACAACCAGAAUUUCAGGAGAUAAGCCUUCUAAUAAUGCCGUUGUUCACCAUGUGUAUGUCACUCACCUUCCUCAUCCGCUCCCACGUUUUCUUCGCCAAGACGAGACUCUUCAUCAAGGAGCUUCUGCAAAGUUAUCCCCGGCUACUGCGUAAGUUCACGAAACCCGUAUAAAGCGUAUGUUAAGGUCAGGAAGUGGAAAAAAGUGUGGACUUAUGA